AUGGCAGCCCCGUUCCAGGCGAGGACACCCCCGGUGCUGGAAGGGCAGCGAGCCCAGCAGGACGGGGCCCGGCUGGCUCCGGAGCCCGGUUCUGCCCUCAGGCCGGCCCGGUUCUGCCCGCAGUGCGGGAGCGGCGUGGAGCCCGCCUUCAGGUUCUGCCCGGCCUGCGGCGAGAGGCUGCCGCCGUCACCGGGGAAAGCGGCGGCCGCCCCUGCGCCGCGGCAAGCCCCGAGCCCCGCGGCCGCCGGCGGGGCCGAGCUCGAUGCGGCCGGGCCCGGCUCCUCCCCGGGGGCCGCCCGGGCGCCCCCGUCCCCGUCUCUCCCCCCCCCGGCGAAGCGCGGCUCCCUCUCGCCCCGCAAGCCGCGGCCCGUGGCGGCGGUGCUGCUGCCGGAGGACGAGGUGCUGGAGGACCACGGCAAGAGGCGGUGGAGGCUGGGCCGGCUGCUGGAGCACGGCGGCCCCGGGCUGAUGUACGAAGCACAGUCAGCAUCUGGAGCCUGUCCUCAAAAGCAAAGAUUCUCCCUCAAACUUGAUGUCAAAGAUGGCAAGAUCUACAAUGAACAGAACUUUUUCCAGCGAGCUGCAAAGAAAGACAGAGUGGAUAAGUGGAAGAAACUACACUCUUUGCCCCUGCUGGGAAUCCCCAAUUGUGUUGGCUUUGGACUGCAUGCAGAUAAAUACAGGUUUUUGGUGUUCUCAGACUUAGGGCGAACUCUUCACUCCAUCCUGAAUGAUGGCGUACGCCUGAAUGAGAAAGCAGCUUUUCAGAUCGUAGUCCGGCUGCUAGACUGCCUGGAGUACCUUCAUGAAAAUGAGUACGUGCAUGGGGAUGUCACGGCUGAGAACAUCUACGUGAACCCGGCAGACCUCACACAGGUGACCCUCGCGGGCUACUGCUUUGCGUUCCGUUACUGCCCAGGAGGGAAGCACGUGGCUCAGCGCGAAGGCAGCAGGACCCCUCAUGAAGGCACGAUAGAGUUUAUCAGUUUGGACAGCCACAAGGGAGCAGGACCAUCUCGACGGAGUGACUUGGAAUCUCUGGGCUACUGUGUUCUGAAAUGGCUCUGUGGCUUCUUGCCUUGGUCUCAUGAUCUGAAGAACGUGGAAACUGUGGUGGAAAAGAAAGAAAAGUACAAAGCAGAUGUGACAUGCCUUCUCCGACAGUGCUUCAUCGGGCAGAGAUCGAUUCCAGAUGCCCUUCAGAGCUACCUGCAGCAAGUAAUGGCACUGGAGUAUGAGGAGAAGCCCAACUAUGAGUUCCUGCGGCAGCUCUUUAAAAAACCACUGGAGAAGAUGAAAGCAUCAGCUUAUGACUCCGUGGCCAUCAUGAUAGCACCCUAAAUCAAGGAAACUUGCACAGGAAAACAGAGGUAAAAGCUUUCUGCAGUGUGAGCCCCUUUUCAGAAGACAUUUAACUUUUACCUACCUGUUUUAGAGAAAGACUUUUUAAAGCAUUUUCCUCUAAUUUUAAUGUGAUGUGCUACUGAAUGCUGAGCCACUGCUGUAACAAGUUACUGUGAAGAUGCUCCUGCAUGGCAAGUUAGUGUAAACAGCUGGAGAAGUGCACGCUAGCCACCAGGAGAAGGGCACAAAGAAACUGAAUCAGGGACUUUUUUUAAGUGACAACAGUGGCAGUAUGGUGUUUUAUAAUAAACUUUAUGGACAAGCACCCGA